UGGAGCGGCCGCUGCGCGUCUUCCAUGUGCAGCUGGAGGUCACCGACAUCAACGACAAUGCCCCCGUCUUCCCCGCCGCCCGGAAAAACCUCAGCAUCGCGGAAUUAUCUACAAUGCCCGGGUCUCGUUUCCCGCUGGAGGGCGCGUCGGAUGCGGAUAUCGGAGUAAAUGCACAGCUCACCUACACACUCAGCCCCAGCGAGCACUUCUCUCUGGAUUUACAAAAGUCGAAUGAGCGAAAUAUUGAACCCGAACUGGUUUUAACGAAACCUCUGGACCGCGAGACGAUUUCCGUGCACCGGUUGGUGCUGAUGGCCACUGACGGGGGCCGGCCGUCUCUGACAGGGACAAUGGAGCUGGUGAUCUCGGUGCUGGACGCGAACGACAACGCACCUCAGUUCAACCAGUCUGUGUAUAAAGUGCAGCUUCUGGAGAGCGCUGGGGUGGGGACGUUGGUGACGAGGGUGAAUACAACUGAUAUAGACGAGGGACUUAACAGUGAGGUAACAUAUACCGUUACGAACUUUAUUCCCCCGAGUGGAAAAGAUGUGAUUUCCAUCAAUUCGAACACUGGGGAAAUUCACCUCACAGCACCUCUGGACUUCGAAGCAGUCAGUAUGUUUGAUUUUCGUAUUGAAGCAAAAGAUAAGGGAACACCCCCGCUGUCGAGUCACUGCAAGGUGGUGCUGGAGGUGGUGGACGUGAACGACAACGCCCCAGAGGUGUGGGUGACGUCGCUGUCGGU